GGAAAGAAAUGCACAUCUAACUCACGUACUGUAGACUUAACCCAGAACAGUUCACUACCGGAAUAAGACUACAGCAUGGACAUUCUAACAGCACCUGUGCUCAUCGGGGUCUCUAUAGUGGUGAUCACCGUCUUCUUCCUCUUCCUCAAACCAGCAGGUUCCAACAGCACACCUCCAAAACCCCAAAACAAGAUUCCAAAAGCCUUGCAGGACCCCAGUGUGAAAUAUCCAUUGCCCCUCAUAGAGAAAGAGGAAAUCAAUCACGACACAAAAAGAUUCAGGUUUGGUCUUCCGUCCUCGUCUCAUGUUCUUGGUCUCCCAAUCGGUCAACAUAUUUAUUUGUCUGCAAAAGUGAAUGGGAGUCUGGUUGUACGUGCUUACACCCCUGUGUCCAGUGAUCAAGAUCAGGGUUAUGUUGAUCUAGUUGUCAAGGUCUACUAUAAAAAUACUCAUCCAAGCUAUCCUGAUGGAGGCAAAAUGUCUCAGUACUUGGAUAAUAUGAAGAUUGGAGACACUAUUGACUUUAGAGGUCCGAAUGGAUUAUUGGUGUACAAUGGAAAUGGGAAGUUUGCUAUUCGACCUGACAAAAAAUCUGAAGCUGAAGUGCGGAAGUUCAAACACGUGGCCAUGAUUGCUGGCGGCACAGGCAUCACUCCAAUGCUGCAGCUGAUCAGGAGCAUCACUGCAGAUCCAUCCGACAAGACCGAGUGCUCUCUGAUAUUCGCCAAUCAGACUGAGAAGGACAUACUUUUACGUAAGGAGCUGGAUGAAGUUCACAGGGAUUACCCAUCUAACCUCAAACUCUGGUACACACUGGACAGACCAUCUGAAGGCUGGAAGUACAGCGAAGGGUUUGUUAACGCCGCCAUGAUGAAAGAUCAUCUGCCACCUGCAGACAGUGAUGUGCUGGUGGUCAUGUGUGGACCUCCAGCCAUGAUCGAGAAAGCCUGCCUGCCCAAUCUACUCAAGCUGGGCUACAAAAAAGAAAACAUUUUUGCAUACUGAGCCUCCUGAUGACACGGUUUAAUAGCGGGUUUAUGUCUUGUGGAAUGUUGAUGUCAAAUUUGUAUUUUUGUUUAUGGACCCUGUUUUGCUUGUUAUGAAUAAGCAAAUUGUCCAGUUCUGGUAAAGGAAUUCAAGAAAAACAGGCCAGAAAUACACAGCACUGUUGUCUUAUUUUGAAAUGCAUCCAUUUUUUUUUUACUGGAGAAAUACAAACAAAUAAAAAAGGUUUUCUAUUUA